GGAUGGCCGAGCGCUGCUCAGCGCUGAGAAUCGGCGAGCCCCAUCUGCAGCGACGGCAUACAAAUACAAAGAUUGAAGGGGAUUCCGGCUCUGGUAGAAGCUUCUGGCCUCGUUUGCAUCUCCCACGGGUCACCGAGACACGUACACACGCAAUGGGUUCCAUAACGGCUACCACGACAAUCACGACGCCAGCCUCCGUCCCAGAUCUGAAAAAUGUCACACUGCUGGAACAGUCGCCGUACCUCGUUGGCUUAAUGACUAUUCUCCGGAACGCAGAGACAGACAGCUCCGAAUUCGGGUCCUGCGUGGAUAGAGUUGCUCGUCUGGUCGUCGCUUCGGCAUUGAGCCAUGUCCCCACCGUUGAAACCCAAAUCAAGACCCCCACAGGAGUGACAUACACCGGACGAAAGCCGGCAAAGAAGGUCUGCGGAGUGAGCGUCCUCAGAGCGGGGGCGAGCAUGGAGUCGGCCCUUCGGGAAUGCUGGGCGUAAGCACCCCUUGACUGACGACUUUCAA